AUUCAUGAUACCUCUCAUUCAAACACGAAAUAGACAGAGAGUACCUACUGGCUCUUGUGUAUGGGUCUUGCUGCUCUUGAGUUUCAUGGCGAUAGUCCAACUCGGACUAAGCUACGAAGAAAAUUGCUUUCAGCAAUUAUUCCAGAUUCUAUCCAGAGGAGAUUCCAAAGACCACCAAGUGAUGUUUAUGUCAACUGGGAAAGGAAUCAACGACUUGGGACAAAUUGACUUAUGAAACUCAAACCCCAAUACAACAUUUGCGACUAUUAUGGUAGUUGGAGCUCCGAUUAACCUUGGUGUUUGACUCCCAGUCGGAUGAAAUAGAGCAAAUGUUGGAAUCAUCGAAGAUGCACUGAGCUCAUUAGCUGUUAAUGCUGGAAUCCAAGGGGAGAUCAGAGUCUCCCUACCUCAAAAUGACCCUGCUGUGCCUCAAACAAAUCAUAUCAUUGGAUUUGUCGGAUUUGGCAUUCUCUUUUUCUUUUGUUCCAUAUUUGGAGUCCUAAUAGAGUAUGUAUUCACCAUUGGCUCUAAUGAAACAGACGAUUCUCUGAGGGAUAAAGCUCUAGUGAGGUCAAUUCCGGCUUGGCAGAAAUUUUUCCUUGCUUUCUCCUUCUCCAGAAAUCUAAGGAAGAUGUUUUGGACUCCUCAAAAAGAUAAUGAGUAUCUCUCAGUCUUUAACGGACUGAGGGUCAUUAGUAUGUUUUAUAUCAUAUUUGGCCAUAUGCAUGAGGGGAUCGGAAUAAUCCCAUCACUGAAUCUCCAGGAAGUUAUGCCUCUAGUUUCCAGCGUAUACGGUUCAUUCGUAAUGGGAGCCUUCUACUCAGUUGACGUGUUCUUUUACAUGUCAGCCUUUUUGGGAGCCUAUUUGAUGAUAUCUAAAUUUGAAGGUAAAAGGAUGAUCCCAUUGCAUAUGAUAUAUUUCCACAGAUUUCUCAGAAUCCUUCCAACCCUGGGAUUAUUCAUAGCCCUAGUCCUGACUUUCCUAGAGUUUUCAGCUUCUGGGCCUUUGUUUGAACUUCCCAAAUUUGCAUUCAUUGGAAGAUGCUCUCGAUAUUGGUGGACAAACAUGCUGUUCAUAAAUAAUUUCUAUCCUGAUAGAGGAGAGAGAUGAAUGAUUUUCCUCUGGUACUUAGCAAAUGAUAUGUGGUUCUUCAUGUUCCUACCCCUCAUUGUGCUAGCAUACCUGAAUCAAAAGUUUCUAGGCUACUUCUUGAGCAUCUUUAUGAUCAUUGCUAAUAUAGUUACCGUUUUUACCAUCUCUUACCUUGGAGAUCAUCCGAUGGUCAUCUUGAAGGAUGAGAACCCAAGUGUUAUUUACCACCAUCCUUAUUCAAGAUUUGGGCCGUACUUUGUAGGAUGACUUUUUGGGAUUUUCUAUUAUGAAUGGAUGAAAUCGGAAAAGGAUAGCAAUUACACGCAUUUGAUAGGUGCAAGAUUUUUUAAUUUAUUUAAAAAGGCUCCUAUCAGAAUCAUCUCGUACAUCAUCUCAUCAGCAGUAAUGAUUGGGCUUAUUCUGGUACCAUACAGUGAGCUCAGAGAUCUGGAAGGGAGAACUUGGGGAAGAGUAUCCUCUGCCUUCUUCAAUGCACUCCACCGAAACGUGUUCAACCUCGCCUUGACACUCUUCUUUGCAGGUGCAAUAAUUGGAAAAGGAAGAGCAAUAAGAGCCUUCUUUGGUGCGAGAGUAUGGGGACCAUGGGCUAAAUUAACCUUUAUCGUUUACCUUGUGCAUAUCUUUGUGAUCACUGCUGUGUUUUCCUCACUAAGAAGCUCUAUUUUCAUAACUAAAAGAUUAUUGGUGUUUUAUAGCAUCUCGAUGAUUUUUCUGUCUUUUAUCGUAUCUAUCCCGAUAGCCUUAUUGAUUGAGUCUCCGGUAUUGCAGAUAGAGAGAUUGAUACUAUUCCCUCCAAAGGAGAAGAGGAAGCAAGAGCCUGUGCACAAAGACCCCAAUUUUGCAGAGACAAUGAAGGGAACCCUCAGAAUCAACGACUCUAUAGCUUCGCUUGAUGAUGCUCACACUGAAGAUGAGGUAGACACAAAGAAGAACCAAUAAUUGGACAUGAGCAUGAAAUAUGGCUAAUCUUGAUUUUAAAAAUGAC